CAAAAGGACGCGAUAUAAAUAUAUAUAUUUUUUCCUUUCGGAAUUUUAACGAUCUAGUUCCAGCUAUCCUUAUAAAUAUGCGAUUUGGUUGGAUUAGGGUGGUUUGGUCCAGCUUCACGCUUUUUUAGCUGGAGCAGCGUUGAUAGUGACUGAUUAUUGCUGUUGAUUUUGUCCAUGCAAGACUCGGGGUGGAAACAUGUCUGACCACUUCUUUGAGAGGAUCAUUGCUAUCAGAGAUGGCAUUUUGGUCCAGCACUUCGGUUUUCACCUCUAAAGUGCCCCGAAAAAUCUUAUUCAUGUUCACCCUCUCCCUGUCUGUCACCUACUUGUUCUAUAGCUUGAUGAGCUGCUACAACUCGCUGCAGUUCCCUCUGCAAGAGACCUAUGUGUAUCAGGGGAGGCUGGUGACAGAGGAGACAACUUUUGUAACAUUGAGAGAGAAACUUUAUUCCACUUCCCAGGGCUUUGCUGAAUUCACCGAAUCCGAGAGAACAACCCCGGUUUCCAUCGCGAAAGAACAUGCUGAGGCCGAACAAAGAACAGUGGAGUGGAUUAGGACUCAGCCGUCUCCAACUAAAUCGGCGGCGGCGUAUCACACCACCGCGCUGGAGAGGGAGCACCAGGAAUUCAGCACCACGGACAGCGAACUCAGGGUGAACUGCACCUCGGAUUAUGGAGAGAAGAAACUUCCCCAAGCCAUCAUCAUCGGGGUGAAGAAAGGGGGAACUAGAGCCCUGCUGGAGGCUCUCAGGGUGCAUCCGGAUGUCAGAGCAGUUGGAAAUGAGCCACAUUUCUUUGAUAGGAACUACGAAAAGGGACUUGAUUGGUACAGAGACCUGAUGCCUUCAACGCUGGAGGGGCAGAUCACCAUGGAGAAGACACCAAGCUACUUUGUGACUAACCAUGCCCCCAAGCGUAUCCACUCCAUGGCAAGGGACAUCAAGCUUAUUAUUGUUGUGCGUAAUCCUGUCACUAGAGCCAUUUCAGACUAUACACAGACUUUGUCCAAGAAACCUGAUAUCCCCACCUUUGAGGUUCUGGCUUUUAAGAACCGGACGCUGGGUCUUAUAGACGCCUCAUGGAGUGCGUUGCGUAUAGGAAUAUAUGCGCUUCACCUGGAGAGCUGGAUGCAGUAUUUCCCUCUCUCCCAAAUGCACUUUGUUAGCGGGGAGAGGCUCAUUGUGGAUCCUGCUGGUGAGAUGGCCAAAGUGCAGGACUUCUUGGGGCUGAAGCGGAUUGUCACAGACAAACACUUUUACUUUAAUAAAACAAAAGGAUUUCCAUGUCUGAAGAAGCCAGAGGACAGCAGCACUCCCAGAUGCCUCGGCAAGUCUAAAGGGAGAACUCAUCCUAAAAUUGACCCGGAUGUGAUUCGGCGGCUGCACAAGUUCUACAAGCCCUUUAACAUGAUGUUCUACCAAAUGACUGGUCAGAACUUUGAAUGGGAGCUGGAGGAGGACAGUGAAACUCAUAGCUCUCAGGACUAGCAUGGCACGGCUCAGCCACACCACCAGCCUUCUCACUAAAACUCCUAUUGUCUGGCUUCAUCUUCAGAGAGUGCUUGAGCACGCCAAUCAAUCAUGGCUGUCUUUGCAGUGUCUGUAUCCAUUAGCAAGAGUUUACUGACAUGCUUUUUCUUGAUGACGGCAAAUCAUUAUUGUAUAUACCAAACAUAAAAUAUAUUUAUAUUUGUGUAAAUGAGAUGAUUUAUUCCUUUUUGGGUUUUACGCAUAGAACUGAUAUAAAAAUCAUGUUGACUAUGGCAAUGCAUGCGAUGAGUUAAGUGUCCUUACCUCAUGAGCCCUAAGGGUAAACUCUGCCUGUUUCUUCUCCCUUUACUUUCCUGCAGUUUGUUGCCCUCACACCCACUCACCAGCAUUCAGUACAAAAAGAUAUUCUAUUUCAAUGGCUAAGGCCGUGGUGUGUUCUGUAUUAUUUCUUUUAACACAGUCCUGCUGCUUUAGAAGAGAGAGAAAAGAGGACAUGACAGACAUAGUGCUAUAUUACUUUGACACGUGCUCAUCUUUUCAGUUGUCUAAAUCUGAGUGGAGACAAUCCUUUUAAGUUUACCAAAGUGUUAAUUUACUCUGUGUCACUGUUAUGGUUGAUCUGCACUCAUUAAUUGCACACAUAUUCAAUAAGAGAGCUGAUGUACAGUGACCAUCGUUCAAUAAUUGGAUUGUUUCACUGCACAUUUGAACAUUAGCAUACUGAUGACCAUGCACCAUGCAAUGCGGUGUGGUGCGCUAUCAGUGGUUUUGGUAUAAUAUGACAGAUGAAUCUGUUUUGUCUCGUGCAUCAAACAACUCUGCACCUGGACAAAAGAAAAAUUUGGUGCUGCCAAAGCAUACACAAAAUAACAGUUGACUUUUUCGGUCCUGCUUGCCUUGUGACCCUCCUCUUGUCACAGUAAUACAUGUCAAUGAGGGUGAAGAAAAACACCAGAGGACCGAGCAGAAGUUUGUUACCAAACAUCUGCUGCUAUGCAGUCUUCUGUCGUUAGAGAUUAAUGGCGUGUUAAAUAAACUGCUGCUGCUGCUGCUGGAACAAUGUCAAUGUCAAAGAGAAUUUGUUGUCAAGGAAAAGCUACAUACAUGCCCAGGUAAAUUACCAAGCCAUUACUGUGUGUGCUUAACUUGAAUGAGAUAACUUAUGCCAGUCAAAUGUGCUGUAACCAGACGUUUUACUAGCAAACACUUAAUCACGUGAUCAGCAGUGCUAACCGACUGAAUGCUUGUAUCAGAUAUUACAGGCUUUUGCUGUGAAAUGUUCAUUUACUCAUGCAAUGAAAUAACAACGUGACCCAUCCUCAUUUCUUUAUUAUUUUCUGAUUUUGCAUUA